AUGUUGUGUUAUCACGUGGGCCCCGCAAUGCUCAUUUGUCGAAAAGUUUUGCGUCACCUAGCUUACAACAAAGGAAAUAGGAGAAGAUACACAAAACUAAAAGUUGACACUAUAAACCCCCACGUUGUUCGUCUGCAGUACGCCGUUCGUGGUCCAAUAGUACAACGAGCCCAGGAGAUAGAAGUUGAGUUGCAGAAGCUGCCCAAGGGCGCCGCGAAAAAAUAUGAUCAUGUGAUCAAAUGCAAUAUAGGGGAUUGCCACGCCUCUGGCCAAAAACCAAUCAGUUUUAUUCGCCAAGUCUUAUGUGCCGCUACUUAUCCUGAGUUCAUCCAAGCUGUUGCGAUUCCUGAAGACGCAAAGCUGCGAGCGAGGCGCUUUUUAGAAAACUGUGGUGGAAGUGUCGGAGUUUACAGCGAGUCUACGGGGGUUAGAAUUGUUCGGCAGGACAUCGCAAGAUAUAUUGAAAAGCGAGAUGGUCUCAGCGCGAAUCCCAACGAUAUAUUCUUAUCAUCCGGUGCCAGUGAAGCCGUCAAGUCUGUUCUCCAAUUAAUUUCUACUGGUUGCGACGGAAAUAAAAGGGCAGGCGUCAUGGUUCCUAUUCCUCAGUAUCCUCUAUAUUCAGCAACGAUUGCGGAAUACAAUGCCUGUCAGAUCGGAUACUAUCUGGAUGAGUCAGAUCAUUGGAGUUUGAACGUGGACCAACUGGAGGAGCUGGUGGAAAAGGCUCGUGGUGAAUGUGUACCGCGUGUGCUGGUUGUGAUCAAUCCAGGUAAUCCAACUGGUCAACUUCUGUCUAAGGAUGUGAUCAGAAAUGUCCUAGAGUUUGCACACCGUCACAGUUUGGUCGUAUUGGCGGACGAGGUAUAUCAGCACAACGUAUACUCACCUGAUCGUUCCUUUGUCUCAUUCAAACGGGUUCUUCAUGAUAUGGGAAGUUCAAUAUCCAAGGAACUUCAGCUGGCAUCAUUUAUGUCAUGCAGCAAGGGUUUUAUGGGAGAGUGUGGACUCCGUGGUGGCUACUGCGAACUAGUCAACUUCAGUCCAGACGUCCAGGCACAGCUGUACAAGUGUCUUUCAGCUCGGCUUUGUUCCCCCUUGCUUGGUCAGCUGGCAGUGGAUGUCAUUGUCAAUCCUCCUGAAGUCGGUGAACCAUCGUAUGAAUCCUUUCAAAAGGAGAAAGAGUCGGUACUCAGUGACUUGAAACUUAAAGCCCAACUAGUAUCGGAGUCGCUGAACUCUCUGCCCGGGUUCUCUUGUAACCCUGUAACUGGAGCUAUGUAUGCCUUUCCACAGCUGAAGUUACCACCAAAAGCAAUUGAGGCGGCAAAAGAUAAAGGAGUGGCUCCAGACUUCUUCUAUUGCAUGAACUUUCUGGAUGAAUAUGGUAUCUGUGUUAUUCCGGGGUCCGGUUUUGGACAAGUCCCUGGCACAUGGCAUUUCAGAAUCACAAUUCUACCCACGGUUGAACAAAUGAGAAUUGUCAUACAGAAACUUCAGGAAUUCCACACAGAAUUUUUAAAGAAAUAUUCCUAGCUUGUCGACGCCGGGACCUUAACGCUGCUCAUGCCUGGUUCCCGAAGGUCGCCGUCCUGAAUCAUCUGUUAUGGUUCUUAUUUUCCAUAUGAUUUCUCCGUCAUUUGGACUGUAACUUUUGUCUUCACUUGUGUACUAUGGAUUGUGUAAAACUAAUUUCAGCCACCCGAGCACAGUUCUUUC